ACUAAGCUCCACCUCCAUUCCUAGUGAAUUCUUCAUCAUGAGCGACAAGUCUCUCUCCACAGUCAACAAGCGGCCUUACCGGUCCGAACCGAGCUUGCACCCCGUACUGCUCGGAACUACCGAAACGACGCAGUUCUGUGGGGUCAACGACAGGGCUCGGUAUGUAACUGCAACCUCCUGAUUGUUGCCCCACGCGGCGCAACGAUUGUGCCAUAAAGCGGUGCAAUGAUGUAUCUCAGCUUUGCACCAUUUGCAGCCAAACACUGUCCUCUGAUCGGAUAGUAUACAAGAUAGUAUAUAUACACGAUGCGACGACUUGUUGGACUACCAGCACUUGCUCUCCUAUAUCUUUGAACCAAGGUCGAGUUAUCAUCGCUGAUCUUUCACGAUGGGUGGGGGUCUCUUCCACAGGAAGAUUUCGCGAGAAGACGACGCACCCGUCUACACUGCCAACGAAGGUGCAGUCUCGGACGGCAGCCUACAGUAUGUUGUCGAGAGGGGUGGCAAUACCAGUGAGGUAGCUUACCAGGAGGCUUCUGGUGCCCCGGUCGAGUCUGAUUCUCCGCUCGGUUACUCAGUCGGAGCUAUCACCAUCAUCUUCCUCAACCUAAGCAAGAUGAUUGGUACUGGUAUUUAUUCGACCCCUUCCACCAUCCUUCGAUACACCGGAUCGAUCGGCGCGGCAAUGUUCUACUGGACAACUGGUUUCUUCAUCUCCCUAUCGUCUAUGGGUGUCUACCUUGAAUACGCAUCGUACUUUCCUAGUCGCUCCGGCUCAGAGGUUGCAUACCUCGAACAGGCCUACCCCCGGCCAAAGUACUUCUUUCCCGUCAUCUUCGCAGUUCAAUCUGUCAUCCUCUCAUUCAGCAGCAGUAACGCGAUUGUGUUGGCUCAAUACCUCUUCGCAAUCAACGGCGCUGAGCCGGGUGGAUGGGAAUUAAAGGGUGUUGCGGUUGCUGGUUACACCGUAGCUGUUCUGCUGCUCGCUUUCCACACAAAGUAUUCAUACUGGCUAUCGAAUGGUAUUGGUAUGGUGAAGCUGUUGACUCUCCUUUUCAUCUCAAUUACCGGUCUUGUCGUCCUCGGCGGCCACACACGUGUCACAGACCCUGGCACGAAUUUCUCGCAACCAUUCAAGGGCAAAAUUACUCCAUAUGGAGCCACGACUGCCUUAUACAGGAUUAUCUUCUCGUACGCAGGAUAUGAGAACUCCUUUAACGUGACCAACGAGAUCAAGAAUCCUAUCAAGACGAUUAAGAAGAACGGAUUCAUCGCGUUGCUUUUGGUCACUGUUCUGUACAUUCUGGCCAAUGUUGCAUACUUCGCUGCCGUCCCGAGAGCUGAAUUAGAGAAAGCCGAGCAGAUCGCAGCUUCUCUCUUCUUCCAGCAUGUUUUCGGCUCCAGCGGUGCAGUCAAGGGCCUCAACUUACUUAUCGCCCUGAGUGCAUUUGGUAACCUGCUCGCUGUCCUGAUCGGCCAGUCGCGUCAGAUCCGUGAAUGCGGAAGACAAGGUGUUCUCCCCUACCCACGCUUUUGGGCUUCGACUCGCCCCUUCGGCACGCCCCUCGGUCCCUACUUUGUCAAGUGGGUCUUAACUGUGAUCAUGAUAAUCGCACCCCCGGCAGGUGACGCAUUCAACUUCAUUGUUGACCUGCAAGUCUAUCCCGCCUCAAUCUUCAACCUGACGCUGGCUUUCGGUCUGAUACUCAUACGCCGGCGACGCAAGCGUCUCGGUCUUCCGCGCCCGACUUUCAAAGUAUGGGACCCGGUUCUCGCAUUCAAUGUCCUAGUCAAUUUGUACUUGAUUGUCAUGCCGUGGUACCCGCCACCGGGUGGAAAGGGCAAUGUGAGCUUUUGGUAUGGGACGUAUAUCGUUACUGGCAUCGCCAUUCUCCUUGUUUGUGGCAUUUACUACGUCGGCUGGAUCUAUGUCCUUCCCAAGGCGCGAGGAUACCGCAUCCGCCAAGGUGUCAUCACGUUGGACAGUGGAGCGAAGACACAUAAGUUAUUCAAGAUUCCUAUCGCGGAGCUUGAGGCAUGGGAUGCUACGCACGAUGCGCUUGGUCAGAACUCGAAUGAUACAGCGAGCUCUAACCAGGAUGUGCAGGUGGGAGAGAAAUUUGCAGAAAAGGCUUGAGACAAAGCACAACAAGGUUGCAACCUACAGGCACUGAUCAUUACGCGCAACUUAGCUCCCAUCGGAGUGACUGUUCAGGAAAUGGACUUGGUAGAUAGAUU